GGGCGUAUCUUCUAAAUUCUACGUCUAUGGAACAGAUCGAUGAACAGGUGUCACUCGGUAUGUGUUAUGACUGAUAAUGACCUGAUUUGUCGUCGUGUAAGCUCCUCGGUAUGGCUUGAUUUAAGGUUAGGAAAGUUUGUCCCGAUCUGUCGAGCAAGUAAAAGUAAACUGUACAGUAUUACACGUUGUAAUUAAAUAUUUCUGGAGGAUCUCGAGAACUUCCACUUUGGAAGCAAGAUGUCAAUCUCAGCAAUUUACAUCUUGGACGUGAAGGGGAAGGUUUUAAUUUCUCGAAAUUACAGAGGGGAUGUCGAGACGAGUGUGAUAGAAAGAUUCAUGCCAGUCGUGAUGGAACGAGAGGAAGAAGGUAAUCUGACACCGUUGAUUCAGACGUCCGAGUGCACGUUUGCGUACAUAAAGUACAACAACUUGUACAUUGUGUCCACCACGAAGAAGAAUGCAAAUAUCUCCCUGGUGUUUGUAUUCCUUCACAAAGUCGUGCAGGUUAUGCAGGAAUAUUUUAAGGAGCUGGAAGAAGAAAGCAUCCGAGAUAACUUUGUAGUAAUAUACGAACUACUCGACGAGCUCUUGGAUUUUGGAUAUCCACAAACCACGGACAGUAAGAUCUUGCAGGAAUACAUUACACAGGAGGGUCACAAGCUUGAAAUCCAACCAAGGAUCCCUCUGGCAGUGACGAAUGCCGUUUCAUGGCGAUCGGAAGGAAUCAAGUACAGAAAGAACGAAGUAUUUCUCGAUGUCAUCGAAUCGGUUAAUCUGUUAGCCAAUGCCAAUGGAAACGUGCUGAGUUCCGAGAUCGUUGGUGCAAUAAAAAUGAGAGUGUACUUGUCUGGAAUGCCCGAGCUACGAUUAGGACUCAACGACAAAGUGCUGUUCGAAUCUACCGGCCGAGGCAAGUCCAAGUCCGUUGAACUGGAAGAUGUCAAAUUUCACCAGUGCGUACGGUUGUCUCGAUUCGAGAACGACAGAACCAUAUCUUUCAUUCCUCCUGACGGUGAAUUCGAACUCAUGUCAUACCGGCUGAAUACUCAUGUGAAACCUCUCAUAUGGAUAGAGUCUGUAAUCGAACGCCACAUCCAUAGCCGAGUAGAGUACAUGAUAAAAGCAAGGUCGCAAUUUAAACGUCGCUCGACUGCAAAUAAUGUGGAAAUUGUAAUACCCGUACCUAACGAUGCGGAUUCCCCCAAAUUUAAGACCACCAUCGGCAAUGUCAAGUAUUCUCCCGAACAAAGUGCCAUCACCUGGUCAAUUAAAUCCUUCCCGGGAGGUAAAGAAUAUCUAAUGCGAGCUCACUUUGGUCUUCCGUCAGUUGUAGGAGAGGAUAUUGAAGGCAAGCCACCUAUUCAAGUCAAGUUUGAAAUUCCAUAUUUUACCACAUCCGGUAUUCAGGUACGAUAUUUGAAGAUUAUUGAAAAAAGUGGUUAUCAAGCUUUGCCUUGGGUGAGGUACAUCACACAGAACGGAGACUAUCAGUUAAGGACAAAUUAGUACCACGCCCUUCUAACAAACCAUUAGUGACCGUAAGAACCAACGAAUUUCUGUUUAUAUACCUACAAGGUUAUUGGCUGUUGUUGCAAUAUGUGACGGUAUGUAAAUAGCAUUUUUCGUGCAAACAUUAUGCAUUCGUUAACAUUAUUCCAAUGGAAACUUUCCAUAAAGAAUUCCAAUCGCAUAGACGCUUUCUUGAAUUACUUAUCGUCGAAGGAUCACAGCAACAACCUACUACGUAGUACAUGUUGUCUAUAAAUAUACUCUGCAAUUGAAAUUAUGCUGGAAAAUAAAUAGAAGAAAUCAGACAAUCCUCUUCGA